AUGGAGGGAAUGAGGAUUGGGCGGUUCUCCACUCGGGAUCGGUGGGAUGAGCAAAAAAGCAACUUUUGUCAGACCGAGCACAGCCGCGCUUUCCACUUACGAGGCGUCGAGGGCGUCCUUCGUCGUCGAAGAACUGGAGUUACAGUGCAAGGAUAAUUCAGUAAAACAGUAAUACUUUGUGAGAGAAAAAGCAUGCAGUCCACCAAGGACAACCCUAGGCCUUGAAAGAACGUUUGUAGU